AUGAAGUAUGAUCACUUGACCGAGGUGCUGGUGAAGAUCCUGGAUGAGCGCCCCCUGGAUGCGGUGGACGUGCUGGAGGACAUCAGCAGAGACGUGAAGCGCUCUCGGUACGUGGACAAACAGAGCACCCUGAGGGACCUGAGAGGACAGAGCCCCGCGGAGACACUCGCCGAGCAACAGAGAGCGCUGUUCGACCGCCAAGAGGAGCACGAGCAGGAGGACGAGCUGGUGGAGCCCGCGCUGCCGAACCUGAGUGAGGUGGGCUUUUACCUGGAGCAGCUGGGCGUGGGCCUGGGCCGCGAGGAGCUGCAGAGGGUGUUCCUGUCCCUGAAGCAGCUGGUGGAGACGCACGCUCUGCCCCGCUGUCGAUUCUGGGGGAAGAUCCUGGGGACGGAGAACAGCUACAUCGUUGCGGAGGCCGAGUACAGAGAGGGAGAGGAGGACGAGGAGCACAGCGCCGAGGAGGGAUUUGAAGAGAGAGACAAUGAAGAGAAAGAAGAUACAGAGAUCACCGCCGCGCGCCUCAUCAAGAAGUUCUUCACCGGGAGACUGGACGCUCCCAUCGAGAGCUUCCCGCCUUUCCCCGGCAACGAGGCCAACUACCUGAGGGCCCAGAUCGCUCGCAUCUCCGGAGGGACACAGGUGAGUCCAAAGGGUUUUUACCACUUUAAAGAAGAGGAGGGGAACGAGGAGGACGAGGUGACCCAGGACACUUACGAGGCGGACCCAGAGUUCGAGGGGCUCCCGGCCGUCAAACUGUCCGAGUCUCUGUCCGCGUGGGUCCACCACACGCAGCACAUUCUGGAACAGGGUCGCUGUACGUGGGUGAACCUCACGUCAAAAGCAGAAGAACAGAACGAGGAAGGAGAGGAGGAGCGAGAGGAAGAGUCAGAGGAAGCAGAGCCUGAGCUGGGGCCUCCACUGCUCACACCUCUGUCCCAAGACAUAGAACUGUUCAACACUCCUCCCUGGACUCUGAAGAUGUCGUCCAGUUUGACUCCAGAACACGCCGUGGCUUUUGUCCGCUCCAACCUGUGGCCCGGAGCUUAUGCCUACGCCACCGGAAAAAAGUUUGAGAACGUUUACAUCGGCUGGGGGCUGAAGUACACGGGGGAGGGGUACAGCCCGCCCGUGCCUCCCCCGCCGCAGAGGGAGUACCCGAGCGGCCCCGAGAUCACAGAGGACGGGGACCCCAGCGUAGAGGAAGAGCAGGACCUGAAGGACGCGCUGGAGGAGCAGGAGGCGGCCAAAGAAGAAGACGAGGAAGAGGAGGACGAGGACGAAGACGACUGA